AUCACUUCACCAGCCCGCUGUCAUCGAGAUGGAAACUACAACCAUCACUACCACGCAGACUGCAUUCACCUUUGGACUUACUGAAAGACGCGCGGCCAUUAGUCUGCACGCACCGGCACAGGACUGCACCGACCCGAGUGCGCACCAGGACGCCGGCACCGUCGGUUUCCAAAGCAAAGCCAAGGUGCUGAAGAGACAGCGCUCCAGCUCCCCGGAACUGCUGCGCUGCAAGCGGCGCCUCAGCUUCAACGGCCUCGGCUACUCCAUCCCUCAGCAGCAGCCAGUGGCCGUGGCCCGCCGCAAUGAAAGGGAGAGGAACCGGGUUAAGCAGGUGAACAUGGGCUUCCAGACGCUGCGUCAGCAUGUGCCCAACGGCGCCGCAAACAAGAAGAUGAGCAAGGUGGAGACUCUGAGGUCCGCGGUGGAGUACAUCAGGGCUCUGCAGCAACUUCUGGACGAACACGACGCGGUUUCCGCCGCUUUUCAGUGCGGACUGCCGUCCCCGACGCUGUCCAACAGCUACUCUGCCGACCCCGAGUCGCCUCACUCCACAUACUCGUCAGAUGAAGGCAGCUACGAGCCUCUGAGCUCCGAGGAACAGGAACUUUUGGACUUCACCACCUGGUUCGACAGGUACUGAGACUGACGGCGUCAAAGGCGCGCAGCAGCAACAUCAGCAGCAGCAACAUCAGCAGCAGCAACAUCAGCAGCAGCAACAGCAGCAGCAACAGCAGCGGUGGCUCCUGUGCGUAAAAAUCAGCUGACUUCUCUCAGAAACGCCUGACAAAGACUUGAUGAAGGCGUUACAUCAGUCUCGCUCUCAGACCCGGGGUGUGAGCUGUUGCCUCCCCCAUACACCCUCGGGGUUAGGGCUGCUCGUGCAGGAGCAAAGCAAACGUGAGACAGACACAGUGAGAGUGUAGAGCGGAGAGAAAGAGAGGGAGAGA